AUGCAAUUGGAAGCCGUUAAUGCACCGCGUUUGGUAGGAGAGCCCUUGGUAAACGCCACGACGAAAGGCAAGGAGGCCGAACUCGUGUGUCGCGUGAAAGCCAAUCCACCUCCCAAGGCUAACUCUGUCUACUGGCGACGCGUGAUCGACGAGACUCCCAUGGUGGAGAUUACCUCCUCCACCAUUGCCGACUUUGCGGCUUCAAGAAGUGACAUUUCCCAGGGCCCCAAGCAUUACGAAAAACCUUCAAUAGCUGGGCUCCGAUGUAACCAGAAAUUUGCAGCUGGGCGAAUCAAAUACUACGUUAAGUGCUUCACACCAGAGCCAUAUCAUCUUGUAAGCACCCUUCAUAUAAGGGAUGUUGAUCCGAGUGACGUUGGCCGAUAUGAGUGCUUCGUUGACAAUGGUAUCGGUUCCCCUGUGGUGCGAUUGAUUGAUCUUAUUUAUCGCUUUGCUCCACGGGUGCUGGAGUUAGUGCGGUGGUCACGGGCCGCACCGCCUCACGACCCGAGUGAGACAAGCCUCAACCACACUCACCUAAUGCCACUCGCUCCGAUAUCGCCCACCUCGGUGGUCUGUGUGAUCGCCGCGGAGCCCGCUCCCACUGUUACGUGGUUCCGCGAACCGGCCAACCUCACCCUUGUCGAGGGUGGGCAGUUCAAGUCCUCCGUCACGCGUCUCCACGCCGGCCGCUACCGGGCGCUCCUUACUAUCGAGUUUGUCCGACAAGUUGACUUUGGUAGCUACUAUUGCCAGGCGAAAAACAGCAUGGGGAUGGAUGUUGGAAAGGUGAUCCUGGGCCCGACUACGUCUCCCGGACGACCCGGCAAUCCUGUUUUGAUAAGAGCCACCUCCUCCUCUCUUACUGUCGGCUGGCAGCAGGCAUUCAACGGAGGCCCUCCACAAACCUUCAUUGUUAAAUGGGCCCCUGACGAUACACCUGAUGCCGUACAAACUGUUGAAGUCAAGGAAGAUUUCAUGUCUGAAGUUAUUAAGCACACCAUAGAAAAUCUCCUGAAAUCCACAAAAUAUCGUAUCUACGUGGCUGCUAAAAACCCUCUUCACAAGGCCUCUCCUUUUACCGACUAUCUCAUUGCAUCUACUACCGCUGUUUCAGAUCCUACGGAAGAGGCGAUGCGAGAUGAAGCUCACGGUGGUGGUGGCGGGGGCCGGGGGUUAGGCUUGGGACAAAUGACUAGCGCCAAUUCGAUCACGCGACAGGACGAUGGUGGUAGUGGAAGCCCCACUUCCAGCGUUUCUAUGAUAAUCACCAUCGCCAUUUGCUUUGGCUGCCUCAUCUUCCUUACAAACCUCAUCAUUGUGGGGCUUGUGCUGCAUCGUAGACACCAACGCAAAGACUCCCGGCUUAAACGGAUACCUGGAACCGACACUAUGGGCGGUAGUCUCUUUUUUUUCCAAAAUGGCUUCACUUUUCAAGUCCUUAACCUAGAGGCCCAUUGGAUUGCGCAAAAUGGCAGGAGAGAGCUUAAAAGGGAGCAGUUCUAUGUACAAUUAGGCGGUGUCCUCAGUGGCAGGAAUGCUGUCAAUGUAGGGACGACAUCAGACCGGCCACUCCUACGUUCCGACAGCAGUGUGCUGGCGGGUGCUAGGGCUACAUUAAGGCCUAAGGUGCGCACAGUCAAGUAUGUGGAUGCGGGUGGAGGAGUGGGCCUAGUUAAGUGUGGUGUCAUGGACGGCUACCCCACCACUGAUUGUUACCCCGAUCGUUUCCUCAAUGGGCAACAUGUCUUUGGACCGUUUAUGGAUUCAGCUAGCCAAAAGGACAGUCUCAGUCAAUACCAAUUUGAGCAUUUUGGCCAAUGUUCACCUCAAAUGCCAGCAGAGUAUAUAACUUCAGCGGGCUCCUAUUUCCCGCGUGAUUCACCACUCAAUCUCUUCGCCAAUUCUCCUGCUCUGAUCACGGCAGCAGAGCAGCAUGUGACAACCCUCCAUCACGCUCAGCAGCAACAGCACCAUCGGCUAAAUUCACAGACCCUGUCACGCUCCAGCUCGCCAUUACACUCCUCGCGCUCACACGGUCUCCAGCCGCCCACCACUCCUUCUUCACUGGAGCAUGCGCACCAACUCACCGCCCACCAGCGGCAUCCAUGCUUUACCACCAACGCCACUGGCUGCGCCUACCCACCCGACCAGUCAAUCUACCUCGUCGCGGCACCAAACCCACAUCGUUACAUUGCUGACGAUCCGCUGGGUGCCGCCGCUGCCGCUGCAGCCCUCUAUGGUGGUCUUCCGCCAGGCGCAGUUUCCCCUCACUCUCUGACUGACAAAUCAGUUGGAGGGGUAUCCGAGGGUAGGGGAGGUGCGGGCGGCAGCUAUGCGAGUAGCGGAGGAAGGAUUCUGCAAACUGUAACGCCAACUCUCGGUUACCACUCGUCACCUAGAAUGAUCACCAGCUUCUACUCACCGCCACGACCUGACAUAAGUGCCGGGGCGGGUAACUCCCUGGGGCCGCAUAUGCGAAACAGCUUCGGUCAGGUAGCUCGAAGAAAUUCAUCAUUCGCUACACCUGAUCGUGCCUACGCUAUUGAGAACACAAACGUCGGAAGGAACCUCACUACCGACGUGCACCAAACCCCCUUGAUGUGGGUAAACAACAUGGAGUCAGUGAAUGUGGUGGACACAGCAAACGACUUGACGAUGUCCAGUGACUUAGUAGCAACAAUUCCCCCACCAUCGGAUUUUGGUCUUCCACCACACCCCAACGCCGUUGCUGGCCCGAGAGAGACCAACAGUGCUGCGCAAUACGCCGCGUCCAGUGCAAGUUCACCUAUCAGACAGCACCACUUUGGACUUUCGGGUGAAUCAGGCAUCGAGUGGCUAGGAUCGCCCUCGCACCAGCCCCCUGUGAACAUGGUGCGCGGCAGCAGCUCAACCCAGCAGACGCCUGGAGUACACCUCGACCUUAAAAUGUAA